CCUGAUUCUCAGGUCGACCUGAUGCAAUGCUCCGUCUUGGGAUCGAGAUGGGCUCCCGUUGAACCCUCAGCUCGUGGCUCCCUCUACGCGACUAGAGUAUGAAAACACUUGCCCUCCCCUCCAACCCAACGUCCUCAAAGUACAUCCUCUUCCCUUGGCCCCUCUGGUUAAUUUGUCACUGACAAUCUUCUUCUGUAUCACGUUGCAUCAGCAGCAUUCACAUUCGUUUUUCUUUCUUUAUCUCCUUUUUGUUUUCAUUUCCAUCCCUUUGAACUGGCCAUUCCCCCGACCUCUCGCAAUCUCACCGGCGCCGAUCAGCAGAACCCUGCACUCGAAGGACUUCCGGCAACUGGCCUGCGUCGCAACAAUGGGCCUCAACAACCACUACCGCUCUGUUUCCACCAACGACGAAUCCUUCCCGCUCUCCGAAAAGAGUCAGUCAAGAGCAGGCUGGGGCAAGCAGUCCCUCUGUCUUUCUGUUGCGACCGGCACUCUUUUCAUCGCCAUCAUAGUCGCCAUCUUCUCCCUGAUUUCUUCUGUAUUUGUUUCACACUCCUCUACCUCCACAUCCGACGCUCUCUCGGCGUCUACCACCAGCGCAACCGCAGUUGUCGCCAGUACCUCCGCUGCUUCAACACCCACCCCUCUCGUCGGUGACGACUCGAUAAAAUCCACCGAGGGUUCUGAUGACUCGACCUCGUCAAAGGAUGAAAUCCAAAACUGCGGAUAUACCCCCGAAGAGGCCAGAGAACAUGGCUGCGUCUUUGACGUGAUGAUGCAACUCUGGACCCCAGCGGCGUGUUUCGACGAAUCUCUUUCAAACCGCUUCCUCGAGGUUGGCAAUUGGACCUGGUAUGCUGAUCCUUCUGCGAGCUACGCCUACACUUUGGAGGAAAUGAGAAAAGGCGAACAUGAUGCAGUCUAUGUCGCGCAAGACUACCAUGUGACCCACUGCAUCUACGCCUGGGAAAAGCUGGUCCGGUCGAUGAGGAAUCAACAGCCCCUCAUUACUGAGUUGAUUUCUUAUGACCAUGUCAUCCACUGCAGGCACAAAACCCUUCAGAGAGCCGAUGGAGGUAGCUCCAUCCGUGGUGUCCGAGCACCUACUGGGUAUACCCAAUGCGCACCAUAUGACACAUGGAAAAAUCAUCUACCUCCGAACGAGCAUUCCUCAACGGACUGAAGAGGAUUAAAGAAUUUCGUGGGCCGACCUUGACGUGAGCGUUUAGCAGUUGAAUUUCGGUUACGGUCAGUUCAUAUAGGCACAUAAUCAUCCCUCAAUUAUCAACGUUUCAGAAAUGGGGAAGUUUUCAGUUGCGCCGGAAAACAAAACUUCACGCAAAGUCUGGAGUGAUUCUCAACCUUGAAAGACACCUCGAAUGCCUCCAAGGCUUCACAGAAUCGCCAAUGGAGAUCUGUGCUACUUUUCAAGCUUCGGAGGAAAGUUUAUUCUGCACAGGCUUUGAUCGAGUCACGACGCACCUCCAGACCUCUGGAUUUUGAGAUCCCGCCACCCGAACGAGCGGCUGCACUGGAGCGAAGUGAUUGUGAUAUGGCGGCGACCGGACCAUGGUUAGGAAUACACCACUCAAAGCUGUGGCUUUUUCAAGAUUUGUCAAUAUUAGAGGGAUGAUAUGAAUGACUUUCCCCUUCCACCAAACAAUAUACUGUACUUUUUAGCAGGCCAACGCGCAGGGUAUUUGUUUCGAUCUAGUUUUUCCAAUCUUCUCUGUCCCAGGCAAAAAUGCCCAUAAAACCUGAGGUUGCCUAGCUUUGUGACAGACGAAUUAUUUGAUGAUUCUAA